AUGGGCUCUCUUUUGGUCUGGUUGCUAUGCUGUCUGCCGGGGGUCGUCGCAGAAAUCGACUCAGUAUUUCGAUCGAGACCUGACCUAUACCCCCCCGUCCUCACCAUAGAACGCAGCAGCCCCGACAAAGUUACUCCAGGAUAUAUUUUUGUUGGGCCGUAUGAGGCGGCUAACUCAGGUCCUUAUAUUUAUGAUAAUGACGGCAAUCUAGUAUGGAGCGGCUGGGGAAGUUCCGGUCCCGGCAACGCGCACGGCAUGCAUGUGUGCAAAUACAAAGGGGAAGACCAUCUUUGCUUCUUCCAAGGUGUUCAACAGAAUGGAUAUUGCCGGGGCCAUGGCGUCAUCAUGAACAAUCAAUAUCGUACCGUGAAGACGGUCCUCCCUGGGGGUGGAAUGGCGUCGAGCGAUAUGCACGAGUUUCUACCCAUUAACGACGGCAAAACUGCGCUGUUGACUGUAUAUCAACAGCGACAGUUCGAUAUGAGCUUAUGGAAUGUCAAGACUGGUAUGGGGUGGUUGAUGGAGAGCGUUUUCCAGGAAGUGGACGUGGAAACGAACGAGGUGCUGUUUGAGUGGAAGUCGCUUGACCAUGUUGACCCUACAGCUAGCUACACCUAUCCUGGCCACACUGACACGUCGGGAACCGGGCUGGACCCGCGCUCCCCGUGGGAUUAUUUCCACAUCAAUUCCAUCGAUAAAAACCAGGAUGGUGAUUACCUGAUCUCGUCGCGACACACGUGCGCGAUCUACAAAAUCUCCGGCCAAAAUGGCACGGUGAUCUGGCAGUUACAUGGCGCCAACCCGUCCUUCACGAAUAUCAACUUUAGUUUCUCUCAGCAGCACGAUGCACGAUUCCUGAACGAAAACGGUACCCACACCUUACUAUCCUUGUAUAACAACGGCUACAAUGGGUUCAACCAAACACACGAAUAUUCCUCCGGUAUGAUCAUUUUGAUCGACCAUGUGGCUAAGACGGCCACUCAGGUGCGCGAUUAUGCCCCUUUGAACAUGGACAUGCUUAGCUCGAGUCAGGGCAACAUGCAGGUCCUGCCUAAUCACCAUGUGUUCAUGGGAUGGGGGAACAAUGCGUACGUCUCCGAACACGACCAGAACGGCAACCUGGUGCUGUGGGGAUACAUUGAUAAGGACAGAAUCAUGAACUAUCGCGCUCAAAAGUUCCAGUGGGACGGGAUGCCGACGGACGUGCCUGCUCUGUGGACAUAUUCUCGAUCGACCGAGCCCUUCUCCUCAUUGACCUUGUACGUAAGUUGGAAUGGUGCAACACGAGUGAGGUAUUGGCGGUUCUACGGUGCCAUGAACAUGACAGGCCCGUAUGCAUUGUUAAACCAAGUGACGAAGAAGGGCUUCGAGACGAGUUAUACGUUUCCGCACUACUACCCAUGGACGUACGCGGAGGCUGUAGAUCUCGAGGGCAAGGUGUUGGGCAAGUCGCGGCAUAAGUUUACUUUUACACCUUCCGGAGAACUGCAACAAUACUGCGCGGACAAUAUGUGCGAGAAUGCUCCGGCGUAUGGGCUUCCUGGCGAAGAGGGAGCCGGUGCAUUCAUCCCUCCGCUGGGCCUUGUUACUGUGCCGUGGGUUGACCCAGAGCACCCGGAAGCCCAUUACGACUGGGGUGAGUCUUCAGAGCCCGGGUCACAACCACUGGAUGAUGCCAAGGAUACUUUGAAGACUGCAUACGAGCGCGGAUGGUUUGUCCCUAUCUUGGCGGUUGGUGUGGCCGCGAUCGGGGUUUACAUGGUGGUUCGAAAGUGCCGACUGCGACGACCUGAUAACUACGCGGUGAAAGAGCGCCGAUCAUUAGAGCCAUUGGACGAUUCCAUCGACGAGCCUAAACAGAUGAGCGACAUGCCGUGGUGGCAUUGGCGGCGAUGGGCCGGAGCAUCCGACGGGCCUCGCUACUUCCCCUUGACGGAGCCGGUCCGAACCCCAUCAAUAUCCAUCAGCCAAGCAGUGGAGACGAGCGUCGCAAUCUCCAUGCGGUUAUCUAUCUCAACGUCCAGCACCUCCCCCGUGCCCACCCCCGCGCUGACGCCGACACACCAACGUACCUCGUCGCACUCGAACACCAAAAACCGGAAUGCCCAUCACACCCGGGCUACUUCCUGGACAUCCGGUCACGACGGAGGCGAACCCUCUCCGCUAGAUUUUUCUUCACAGCAGCGUCGUCGUGGUGAGUCGAAUAUCUCCCUCGCCGACCUUUCCGAGGGCUCAUCAGACCGAUACGGCGACGACGCCGACGAGAAUAUGGCUCUGAGAAACACCUCGUUCGAGCAAUCCGGCCAUGCCCGCAACCGUUCACAGAGCCACGCCCAGGUCUCCUUCAUGCAACCGCAGCAGUUCUCCGCUCACCCGCCGCCGCGCCCAGGGCCGGUCACUUGGAUGACCCUGCCGCGGAAGAAGCAAUUGGCCUUGUUAGGGCUGUGUCGUGUAUUUGACUUUUUGCAAAUUGCCUCGUUGCAGGCUUACAUGUUCUACCAGCUCAAAUCCUUUGAUGAGAGCCUCUCCGACGCAGAUGUGUCCACCCAGGCCGGUAUCCUCCAGGGUGCCUUUACCGCGGCCCAGUUCGCCACGGCGAUUCCCUGGGGUCGAGUAGCUGAUGCCGAAUGGGGUGGACGGAAGUUUGUCCUUCUAGUUGGUCUUUUGGGUACGGCAGUAUCGUGUCUGGGGGUCGCUUUUGCUACGUCGUUCGCGCAGGCCGUGUUCUGGCGUUCAUUCGGCGGUGCCAUUAACGGUACAGUCGGUAUUAUUCGGACCAUGAUUGCGGAGAACGUCAAGGAGAAGAAAUACCAUUCUCGGGCGUUCCUGAUUCUACCAAUUGGAUUUAACAUUGCUUCUUUGUUCGGACCUGUCAUGGGUGGUAUGCUCGCCGAUCCAGUGCGCAGCUAUCCAACGUUGUUUGGCCCCAACUCUUCUUUUGGCGGGGCGGAUGGUGUACAAUGGCUUGUGCGCUAUCCUUAUGCAUUGCCAAUGUUGGCCAAUGCUAUUUUCCUCUCUUUUGCUGCAUUCUGUGUUGGCAUGGGCUUGGAGGAGACUUUAGAAGCUUGCAAGGGCAAACCGGGCUUGGGUGUUUUUACCGCCAGGAUCUUCGCCCGCGGGAUCCGUGCCGUCGUUCCCUCUUCGUCACCGUUGUACCAGCGUCUGCCUUUUGCCGAUUACGACGAGGAUGGUCCUCUGUUGAGCCACCACCGCGACCCUACCGAGAGCUACGAACUGGAGGAGAAGGCGGCCAAGCCGCUGCGCCACAAGCGCUCGCUGCCGUUCCGCAGACUUUGGACGAAGAACGUGUUGUGUACACUUUUGGCGCAGGCCUUCUUCGAUUUCCAGAUGGGCGCAUUCAACAACCUCUGGCUGCUCUUCCUGUCAUCUCCUCGUUAUGAUUCCAACGACCCUGCCGCCCCUGCUCAGAGGCUGCCAUUCAUCUUUACCGGCGGACUGGGCAUGUUGCCUCAGAGCGUCGGAUUCGCCACGGCUAUUCUGGGUGUCAUCGGCAUGCUCCUCCAGUUCACCGUGUAUCCCGCAAUCAACAGCCGCUUGGGAACGGCCAAGAGUUACCAGUACUUCUUGACUUUGUUCCCCCUGGCUUAUGCCUUUGCUCCGUAUAUCGCACUUGCCCCGUCCAGCGCACCACCCCCGGGACAGGCCAACGGAGCGUGGGUUUGGUUUUCUAUCAUUGUUGUCCUUUUCCUGCAAGUCACGGCCCGUACUUUUACGCUGCCGACCUCGAUCAUCUUGCUGAACAACUGCUCGCCACAUCCCUCGGUGCUGGGCACCAUCCACGGGAUUGGCCAGUCGGUGUCCUCCGCCUUCCGGACUAUUGGUCCCAUCUUUUCCGGGUCAUGGUACGGAUACGGCCUGGAGAUCGGGAUGGUCGGGUUUGCCUGGUGGCUGAUCGCCCUGGUGUCCGUUUUUGGAUGCGUGGCUGCUAUCUUCGUCUACGAGGGAUCCGGCCACGAGAUCAUCCUCCCCGGAGAGGAGGACGAUUUCCGUGAUCGUCACUGA